UCUAGAUAUUCGGUGUAUCACAAUAACCCUAGCCUGGUUAUGGAGCGAAAAAAACGAAAGAGGGAGGAAGUCCAUCCUUCCCGUGAUAACAUUACGGAGGAGCUGCCACCUGACAUAGUUUUGUUCCACAUACUACCACGGCUGCCGGUGAAGUCUGUAUUGCGUUUUAGGUCGGUUUCCAAGCAAUGGCAGUCGUUCCUAACAGGGCCUGCGUUUGAAGAGAUGCACCGCCGCCAUGUAAACACCGAGAAAAUGGUUUUCUUAUAUGCCACGACGACAUACAAGUUCAGCAGCAUCGACUGUGAAAGACCUAAAGAAGGUUUCAGUGGCGACCGCCCCUUGCCCUUCAAAGUCGGACCUUGUCAAAUCGUCCGGAUUCUAACUUCCGCGCACGGACUGGUAUGCAUAGGCAUAGCCAAUGUUAGGGGUCGGGGUCGGCCCCGGCCCCAUAUAGAUACGAUUAAAUACUCCGAUUCUAAAUAUUCUGAUCUAAUUCUAUGGAAUCCGGCGACUGGCGACCACAAGACGUUGUCAGAACCCUUUGCCACUUUUCAUCAAGAUUGUUACUCGAUCUGGGAAAGUCUAUUUGGGUUGUAUUAUAGCUCUUGUGACGAUGACUACAGGCUUCUACGAGUAACCCGUCGUCUCAAUGUUUAUAUAUACUCUUUGAAAUCCGACUCAUGGAGAAAGGUUGAGUCGGACUUACAACGUCCGCGUUCAUAUUUCUGGUUGCGAGGUCGUUCAUAUUCCUGGGCGCCAGGUGUUUCGUUGAAUGACAACCUGUAUUUUUUAGAAUAUAGUGUUGUGAAUUCAGAUUCAGUUUUGAGGUUCAACACAAAGACUGAAACGCUCAAAUUGAUAGCAACUCCGUUUUUAGUAAAUGAAAAUCGAAAUACAAGUUCAACUUGGUUGAGUUUCAGGGCUCAGAGAGAUGGCUGCGUUCACUUGUGGGUGAUUAUUAAAAAUUCUGUAACUUUGUCUUGUGAGAGCGAGUUGUGGAGGAUGGACGAAGAUGGUAAUUGGACAAAGUUGGGAAAUUCUUGCAAAAUAUUGAAUGAUCCAGUGAAUAAUUAUCAUCGACUGCAUUUGAUGAGGAAUGGAAAUUUGCUCAUGUUUGGUGAAGAUUCUAUUUACCAACUAGACAUGAAAAUGAAUACCAGAGACUUGUGUUUCUAUACCACCGAAGAGACGCGUAUGUGGGUACAAGGGAAAUACAUUGAGACUAUGGUGUCACCCAAUCGGUAUAUAUACCAGGACUCUGACUGCGCAGUGAAGAACUUGGUGUAGCUGUUGAAGCAUGGCGAGUUGGACUUUUUGGCUUUAUAUGAACUAAAGUUUAUAAAAUUUCCAUCGACUUUAGAGGUUCCCCCCCCCCCCCUCUUUAAAAUAACUAUAGGAACAUGCAAUAUGUUUCGGUCAUUGAUGCUAUUUUGUAACAACACAAAUCUUUUAUCAUUUAGUAGUUACUUUUUUUGAUAUCUUUUACAAGACUAGCUUUAAUUAUUUUGCUGUAUGCCUAC